AUGUUUAAACAGUUGGCAAAGUUCAGUACAAGUGCGAGAAGUUUGGCAAGAUCCAGAAAACAAUAUCGGAUUUCUCCACACAUCAAGUUGAGACCACCUAUUGUCCCUUCUAUCGAUAACAUUGAAAUAAAAGAAGAUCAUGCACUAUGGCAAUUUUUUGAGGACAAAUCGUUUGUGAGAACACCAGAACAGAUAACAUUUACAGGAAGAGCAUGGACUGUUCAAGAAUUGAGAAGAAAAUCAUUUGAAGACCUCCAUUCGUUAUGGUACGUGUGCUUAAAGGAAAGGAAUAAGCUCUAUAGAGAGUCGCACGUAUAUGACCAGAUCGAGAGUUUGAGAUCACAAGAGUUUGAAGGACUCAGCGAACAGAUUCGACAGACUAUGAUUCAUAUUAGACAGGUGAUAACGGAGAGAGAAAUGGCUGUACGCAAUGCGCAGGCAGAGUUUGAAGUGAUUGGUGACGAGUACUUGGAUGAGUUUAAGGACAACUAUUUAAAGGAGGAGAAUGUCGAGACAGACGAAUGGUACAAUAAAUUGGAGAGACUUCAGUAUGCGAUAUUUGGAAUUCCGGAUGUGUUGGACACCUCAUUGAUUGUCGAUGUGAAGUUUCUUGAAGGAGUGAGAUAUAUUGGACAGUUGAAAUAUGAGAAGUUUGCAAGCAGCAUUGGAAGAGAAGACAUUGGAAAACUAAGAGACAUUGCAGAGAUUUAUACUGUGUUUGAAGAAAGUGCCACUGCAGACGGAGUCAAAGAAGCAUGUCAAAAGAUUGACGAAUAUAGAGAGAGCGAGUUAGUGAUUCCUGGAUCCAAGGAGAUCCAAGUUGUUCAAGGAUUUAUUGAUGACAAGAUCAAACAGGCCGAGAGUGACCUUACCGAGGAGGAGAUCAAGGAGUAA